AUACGCUACCGCCGCCUUCACCUCCCGUCCGCUGUAGCCCCCGUCCCCUCCUUGUAUCUAUUCCCUCCCUCUAAAAUUCCAAGAUGUUGUUGUACACCGAUGUCCUCAGCGGCGACGAGAUGUUCUCGGACGCCUUCCCCAUUAAGGUGGUCGACGAUAUCGUCUUCGAGGUGGACUGCUCCAUGAUCACGGUCAAGGCCGGCGCCGAUGUCGACAUCGGUGCGAACCCGUCUGCGGAGGAUCAGGAUGAUGCCCUCGAGGAGGGUGCGACCCAAGUCAACAACGUCGCCUACUCCUUCCGCCUUCAAUCGACCCAGUUCGACAAGAAGUCCUUCCUCACCUACCUCAAGGCCUACAUGAAGGCUGUCAAGCAGGCGCUCCAGGACUCGAAUCCCGAGCGGGUCGAGGCGUUCGAGAAGGGCGCACAGGCGUUCGCGAAGAAGGUCGUUACCAACUUCAAGGACUACGAAUUCUACACCGGCGAGUCGAUGAACCCUGAUGGCAUGGUUGCCCUCCUCAACUACCGCGAGGAUGGUAUCACCCCCUACUUCACGUUUUGGAAGGAUGGCCUCAAGGAGGUCAAGCUCUAAACCUUGCUAUCCGCAUUACAUUUUUCAUCCCUCGUUCGCACCCGGUCUAUAUUCUGCAUUCUCAUUUAUCUCGGUGUCAUAUCAGCAAAGAGCAGCAGGUCAACAGUGUAUUCCAGCAUCUCAUCAUGUUUUAGUAGCGAGGCUAGAUCUGGAGAAUGCUCAUCAAUUCUCGCUUUCGCGUAGACUC